AUAGCUAAGUUGGUUCACGACAGUAGCUCACGCGCGGAAACGGCGCGGCAGGCCUCUCAAAAAUAAGUUUGCACCAAGAACGCAACAAAGUUAGUGUGGAGAAGACAUUCGUGUGUAUACAAAGAAUCUUUAAAUUAAAUAUGAUCUGCUGACUCCCAUCUCUUUUUGAAGCUAGUUAUGGAAUGAGCGAAAGUGUGCUGGAACAAGUAAACUCAGCUUGUGCCGGAAGACAUACUUUUAUCUCAAGUUGAAUACGUCACCUUAUAACUAAGUUCACUUUGGCAAGUUGAAUGUAAAAUAUCGUCAUACUGCCCAUCCCUAACACGGAACCGCUCUUUUUUGUAUCGGCGUCGCAUUAUUUUCUUUUGUGUUUGUAAAUGUUUCGACAAAAAACCAAAAAAUGGACCCAAAGGCAAAGCCAAGGACAAAAUGCGAGCAGGCAGAAAAGCAGCCAGUAACCUUUCAGAAAUUUCGUCAGCUAAUAGUGAACUUGCCGGAUAUCGCAUUCGAAAUUCAGCGCGAUCGAGCUGCGAAUGAUGAUGCAGACGGAGCCAGCAAAACGCUGGACGAGUGUGCCAGGUGGUAUUACCAUGCCUUCUACAGGGACGCCAGUGUUCGCGAGCGCUAUAAGUUCAAGCUGCGCUCGUGUCCCCACAAAAUCAGGAAUAUAUUGCUCUCUAUGCCGGAAGCAGAACAGGAUGAAUCGCCUCAAGAGUUUGAGCAUGAAACGGCUGAUGGUGCAAGGGUCGAAGUGGAGAAAGGGGUAGAGUUCAUCUUUCCCGUGCACUUCUACACCUUUCAAAAGUACGUGGACAUGGAGAAGAUACGAAUUGUCAUGGAACACAAGUCAACAAGCCCGACAACAGAACAACAUCAGUUGCGGGAAUUCUACAAAUCCUUCUACAUGUUUCCCGAAAAGCGAAAGACCACCAAUAUAUUCCGUGGGUCAACUACAACCUUUAUGCCGAAGUUGUUGGAAGCUGGUCAUCCCAUUGUUGAAUCGGCAGCCAAGAGUUUCGCAGAGCAUAACAAAGAGACUCUCACAGUCGAAGAACCCGCGUUGCAUCGGGAGCCUGAAUCAAGGAACGCUUCAACUCUUUGUACCCCUGACAGCGACUUUUCGAUAGUGAGCUUUGAAGAAUUCCAGAAAUAUGUGUUGAACCUCUACGAUAUUGUGUGGCAACUGAAGCUCAACGACCCCCAGUAUGUGUUCAUGGGCUUUGAGGAAUGCGCUCAUGCCUUUUACUUGGCGUUUUAUUUAAGUCCGGAGAUUCGUGAGCGAUGCAAUUACACCCUGAAACCGUGUACGUCGGCCAUGAGCGCCCGCCUGCUAGCAGUACCGACGCCCGAGCAAGCCGACAAGCUGAGGCAAAAUUUACCAGAGUUGAUUAAACCGUCGCCAGAUCUUGAGCGACCCAAAAGCCCCGAAUUGGUCGAAGAAACUGUUGUUGCACCUGUCAGCUUUCAGUUCUUCAAAAAGUACAUCAAGAAUCUGGAGGAAAUCAGUGAACAAAUGCGGACCGAAGACGAGUUUAAGACUUUAUCCAUAGAGAACUGUGCCAGGGAAUACUACAGGCUGUUCUACAGAUCGCCCGAAAUACGCGAGCGAUUCCAGUUCGAACUGAAACCAUGUCCCGGAGCGGUACGCCAAAAACUGCUGAGUAUACCGACCAGCUCAGUUAUUGGCGACAGUGUGGAGACACGUAUGGAACUAAAUAGCUCCGAAAAAACAACCAAAAGCUCUAAGGUCAACCAACCAACCGCGAAAACCCCUUCAGAGAACGCCACCCUCGAGUACCCCGUAAGCCUGCAAUGCUUUUCAUUGAACAUCAAUUACGUUGACAUGAUUAGCCAGCUCAGGAAAACAGAGCAAGAGAAUAAAGAGAAAGAUGCGACGAUUCUUAGGGAUGAUCAGUUGAUGGAACGCUUCUACAAAGAAUUUUACACAGAUGCGGAAAUUCGCAAGAAAUAUAAUUACAAUUUUAAUGAAGCGACACCCGCGUUGCAGCUGAGGCUUCUUAGGUUUGCCAAGCGGGCAAACCCAUCAAAACCAAAAGGGGCUUCGAAUGGAGUUUCAAUCUCGGCCAUACAGAGUCGAACCGCUCCGAAUGAGGCAGACCCGGCAGUGGAAAAGGCAACUCAAAAUUUGCCAGAGUUGAUUAGUGCGUCGCCAGAUCUGGAGCGACCCGAAUUGGUGGAAGAAACUGUUGUUGCACCUGUCAGCUUUCAGUUCUUCAAAAAGUACAUCAAGAAUCUGAAGGAAAUCAGCGAGAAAAUGCGGAUCGAAGACGAGUUUAAGACUUUAUCCAUAGAGAACUGUGCCAGGGAAUACUACAGGCUGUUCUACAGAUCGCCCGAAAUACGCGAGCGAUUCCAGUUCGAACUGAAACCAUGUCCCGGAGCGGUACGCCAAAAACUGCUGAGUAUACCGACCAGCUCAGUUAUUGGCGACAGUGUGGAGACACGUAUGGAACUAAAUAGCUCCGAAAAAACAACCAAAAGCUCUAAGGUCAACCAACCAACCGCGAAAACCCCUUCAGAGAACGCCACCCUCGAGUACCCCGUAAGCCUGCAAUGCUUUUCAUUGAACAUCAAUUACGUUGACAUGAUUAGCCAGCUCAGGAAAACAGAGCAAGAGAAUAAAGAGAAAGAUGCGACGAUUCUUAGGGAUGAUCAGUUGAUGGAACGCUUCUACAAAGAAUUUUACACAGAUGCGGAAAUUCGCAAGAAAUAUAAUUACAAUUUUAAUGAAGCGACACCCGCGUUGCAGCUGAGACUUCUUAGGUUUGCCAAGCGGGUAAACCCAUCAACAACAAAAGGGGCUUCGAAUGGAGUUUCAAUCUCGGCCAUACAGAGUCGAACCGCUCCGAAUGAGGCAGACCCGGUAAGAAAUAAUCAAACAGGCCUCUCAGGGACUGACAUGUUGAAGAAAGGCUUCAAGUAUCCCGUGACCUUUGAGGUAUUCAGGCGCCAUAUUAACUACGAUGAAAUUAUCGAGUCCGCGCUGAGACAAACUAAGACAAGUCCGUCGCUGCUGUCGACGCUGAUUGCCAACUCGCUAGACCCCCGCUGCAUAAGGGCUUUCGAUAGGUUCUAUCGUUGGUUCUACAUAUUUCCCCAUAUUCGGAAAAGAGUCAGCUACCGUUUCGACUGUGGUGGGGAUCCAUCUCUCAUGGAAAAGCUAUGCGGCCAGGCAGAAAUCUUGAAUGAGAAUGCCAGGAGAUGGGCAGAAAGGUUGACAAAGCCACCACCCGAAGAGGGAAACCUUCUGAUAACUCUGAAAGGUAUUAAGUACAGGUUUCCGGUGUCGUUUAAUACCUUCUGUAGAAGCAUCAAUGUCGAUGAGCUAAAGGUUCAGCUGGCCAACCACUUCAGCAAGAACAAGAAACUGAAGGACAACAACUGCAGUAUGCGACUCCUUCGACUUUACUAUAACUACUUUUACACAUCCAGGAGAAUCCGUGAAAUGUUCAAAUAUAAUUUCGAUGCAGUACCGCCAGAGCUUCGUGCCAGGUGUCUGCAGUUUGCUGAAGAAGUGCCGUCAGAAGCUGAACCAUCUACUUCGGAGGCAGAGCCACAGCCAGAGGUAGAGCCACAGCCGGAGAUGGAUCCACAGCCGGAGAUGGAGCCACAGCCGGAGAUGGAGCCACAGCCGGAGAUGGAUCCACAGCCGGAGAUGGAGCCACAGCCGGAGAUGGAGCCACAGCCGGAGAUGGAGCCACAGCCGGAUAUGGAGCCACAGCCGGAUGUGGAGCCACAGCUGGAAAUGGAGCCACAGCCGGAGAUGGAGCCUCAGCCAGAGGUAGAGACAGAUCUAAGCUCUCGCUGUGCCAAUCGUUGCCAUGAGAGCAACGUAUCUGUCCUGCGCCAGAGCACUCCAUAUAUGGAAAGACGUUAUGCAGCCAUGCAAGCUGUGCUUGACGUGAAACAAAAGUCGAAUGUAGUUCAUUACGUGCCCAACAAUCUGAAAGCUUACAUUUCACGCCAUGUGGCAAGUCCCGAGAGACGUGCAGUCCUGGAGAAGAACAUAAUAGAAACGGUCAGCGAUUUCAAUAAGGCAAUCAAGGCAGCAACUGCAACUGAAAAAGUCCCUGAAAAAUGUCCAGCAGCCUCUAUUGUAGUUGAAGUUGCAACUGCAGAGAAACCAAACCCUGUGACCAUAGUAGAACAAAUAAUAUGGACCAGCAAGGUACCCGAGAGUACAACCUCUACUGCAACGCGAGAGGCUGAAGAACCUUGUGCCACUGAUAGUCCAGGAACCAUAACAUCUGUACCAGCACCCAAAGAAGUGCAGACAACAUCAUCUGCGGUAACAGAAAGCAGCACAGCUGAAGAAGUCAAUCCUGAGGCAUCUGCGGUUAAUACAAGUAAUCUGUUUCUUCUCGAACAAAUUGUGGGAGUAUUUGAAGCGCCGAGCAAACAGGAGCAAAAUAUACUCUACUUGAUCUAUCACAGACCAUGUCUACAGAGUACGAUUUGGCGCAUACUCUCCCAGUUGAGUCAACAGGAAUUCUGCACCUACACAAGCUUCCACAGCGGCGAGGCACUCUAUGAUAACGAGAGCAUGCUGCAGCGAUGUCAUCAGCAGGUUGUAUCGAAUGGCCAUUGGCCACUCCAUUUGCACGUGAAGCUGAACAUGUUGCGCUGCCUGUUACACAGCAAGGGAGUCGAAAUGCCCUCGCUGGAGUUGGAUCAGCUGUCGCCAAAGAUCUUGCACUGGAAAGAUCUAAUGCUGCACACGGACUUUGAUGAAAUUGUUGAGCAGCACUACGAGGAUCGUACCGGUAGCCAGAUCGAUGAUAUGGAAUUGUUGUUCCAGGAACGUGAGAAGCUGUACACGAGCUGCUGGACGCACGAUCAAUGGAUACGCCAAGUGCCACAGAUCACGAAUGCAGCACUGAACGAGAAAAUCGUUGCUGAUGCUCCUGCUCUUACAGAACUCGAAUUGAAUAUCCUCAGUGGUGAGCAGAGCCAAUCUACGCAGAUAACCAUUCAAUCAGACAGCACCACAUCCACAUCCACACCCACACCAACACCCAUUCCAUGUGAGCCCACCGAGCUCAACGAUCGAUCUACCAGCUUUGUGGACAUGGAGGAAGUGCGUCCAGCCUCACAGUUGCCAGACACCUGUAUUGAUCCGCUUAUGGAGAGCCAGCAGGUCAAGCAGGUGAAAAUCGAGUUUCUCGACAAGCUGCGCGGCAGCUGCCUCAACAGCCAGGAGGUCCAGUGGGAGAGAAUCGAUACGAACGAUGAAAUUAUACACUUGGAUGACAGUCAGGAGUCACUUUCGAACCUUGCCUGCUUUGCCAUUCCCAAAGCGACAGUAGUUCCGCCCUCGAAUGCAGAGACACCGCCACAGUUUCCAGAAAGUGAAAACAUUAAUCUGUCCGCGGAAGUGGUAGUACCAGAGACGCAGCUUGCAAUUGCACAGACGGAGGAGGAAGAGGUGCUAGUAGAGACUGAACCCGAAGUUAUCGUGAUCGACGCAGAAGUGGAAGUUAAGCAUGAGCCUGAGCCCGAGCCUGUGCCUGAACCUGUGCCUGAACCUGUGCCUGAACCUGUGCCUGAACCUGCGUCUGUGCCUGAGCAGAAUGUCAGGCCAAAGGCUGCGCCGGCGCUGCCUCCAAAUGAACCCAAGAAACGCAAACCUGAAAUGCAUGGAUCGAACCUGGUGGCCUUCAAGAAGCCGCGUAUGAUGCCCGAGAAGGUGCCGCAACUGCGCCACGAGUUCCGGGCUCCGGUAGUACCAGAGACGCAGCUUGCAAUUGCACAGACGGAGGAGGAAGAGGUGCUAGUAGAGACUGAACCCGAAGUUAUCGCAGAAGUGGAAAUUAAGCAUGAGCCCGAGCCUGAGCCCGAGCCUGUGCCUGAAGCUGUGCCUGAACCUGUGCCUGAACCUGUGCCUGAACCUGUGCCUGAAGCUGUGCCUGAAGCUGUGAAUGUCAGGCACCAAGAACCCAAGAAACGCAAACCUGAAAUGCAUGGAUCGAACCUGGUGGCCUUCAAGAAGCCGCGUAUGAUGCCCGAGAAGGUGCCGCAACUGCGGCACGAGUUCCGGGCUCUACCAAUGAACGCUGUGGUUCGCAUCGAAUCGGCCGGCUUUAAUCGUAGCAUAGAGGAUGAGCAGCCGACCACAUCCAGGCAAACCAUUUCUGCCCAGGAAAAGGAGCCAACAGUCACAGCUUCACAGGAUUUUGCAACGGACAACACUCUUCUAGCAUCCUCCCAGCUCGACGCCCUAUUGAAUGCUCCAUACGUUACGCUGCGCAAGGUAAAUGAAGUUGUGACUGUGACAUGUAGUGACAAGAGUAGCGGCAAGGGGCCACCGCACGUGGUGCAGAGCUGCGUUAUCUUUCGCGAAGUCGAGCGCUAUCGAUUCUUCAGUGCACUGACAACCGAACACAUAACAAAGCACAUGAUCGAAGGCUGUGUCUUGGGCAGUGCCUACCACGAUGCGUUGAUCAAGAUGAAUGGCAAGUUGUGCAAAGUGCGUGGCCCCCUGAUCGAAACCCUUUUUCCCCAUAUGUCGAUCCGACUGCGAUCGGAUUUGAGGGAUAUCCUCGAUGAUUUGGGUGAAUUCACCUUCAAUUGCCGCGGGAACGUGUGCAAAGAUUCCACACAGGACCUGCGUGUUCGCGUGCUUUCCAAGUUUAUGGACGUGGCCCCCCCGUUUGUGCACUUCCGCGCAGUGUUCGACAAUGCGACAGGGGAGUGGGCCACGUGCAGCUCGAUUGAUAGGUGUGACCCGGAUAUCGUUCGGCGGCCGCCCAGAUGCAAUGUAGGAGCAGUGCUAAAGCCUGGCAUACUCGAGCGUAUGAAGGAGUUGAAGGGGUCACUUCGUUGAUUUACUGUUUUUUCAAUAAA